CAAAAAAGUAAAAGCGAGAGAAUAGAGGGGAAAAAAAGGGUUAGAGGUAAUUGUGAUCUUGCUGGAUCAGGUGCCAUAAUCCAAGAUUCCCAAAGAACACUUAUCUCUUUGCUUGAUUCUCAAGUUUUCACUCAUUCCUUUGUUUGCCAUUUCACUCCCGCAAACGAUAAUUAUUGGACCAUGUACCGAAAAGACAUCAAACACACAUGAUACCCCAGCCUUCAUUUUACCACAUUCUCUCCUCCAUCUCCGUUCCUCCGUCCUUUCCCUUCAAGCAAAGACCAGCUCCCAGCCACUUAAAAACGUCCACUGAGUUCUCCUCGGAAAAAGAUCAGAGCACGAAUUCGAGAUCAACCCUUUUCUUUUCCAUGUUUUGAUUGCAGAAAGAAGAUUUUUUUCAGCACUUUCCCUGGGAAAAUUUUGGAAUCUUGAUCACUAGUGUGAGCGCGCAUCACUGGUUUUGAAGUGACCUCCAAAUGGUCUUUCCAUAUCUUGUCAUGAAAUUCUGAACCCCUCCGUCUGUCUGUCUUGUGCUGUCGCGAUAUCGCUCAUCAAGAACCGAAGAAGCAUCGGCCCUCACACUUUUCCUCACUUCCCUUUUGCGCAAUAUUUCCUUUCACAGUUGUCCCAAGUCCUCCAGUGCCUCAAAACUGAAGAUACAAAGUCUGAUACAGCAGUCGAGCAUGAUGAAUUUCGUGCUCUCAGUAUCAUUCGUGGUCCGAUUCGCCGCUGAAAAGUUCCUAACACAUGAAAGGACAACCCUCUUUGCAUAAGUAACUUGCGUAUCUGUUUGGGAGCUACAGAUUUAGCUCUAAAGGGUUCAGAGGUUUUCUGGGUUCUGUUCUGGCCUAAUGCUCGUGAGGGAAACGCCUUCUAUCAUGGCUGCGCUCCACCACCGUCCACACCGCCUGCUGCUUGAUAAAGAGCCUAAUUCUGUGCCGAACAAUGGAACGCCGACUCGGGGAUCCUACGGUAACGAGGCAAAUUUCGACACCAACAUGGUGAUCAUACUUGCGGCUCUGCUCUGCGCGCUGAUUUGCGCCCUUGGAUUGAAUUCGAUUGUGAGAUGCGCCCUCCGGUGCAGCAGGAGGUUCACCUUUGAGACCCCGGAUCAGACGGCUGCUAGGCUGGCUGCCACGGGACUUAAGAAAAGCGCUCUGCGCCAGAUUCCGGUCGCCGUGUACGGAGCGGGAAUAAAUAUCCCGGCCACAGAUUGCCCAAUUUGCCUCGCAGAGUUCAUGGACGGGGAGAAAGUCCGGGUGCUUCCAAAGUGUCACCAUGGGUUCCAUGUGAGAUGCAUCGACACUUGGUUGGUGUCACAUUCUUCGUGCCCGACUUGCCGCCAAUCAUUACUGGAACCUCCGCCCCCAGCACCUUCAGUUUCCGAUGCGGCCGGAGCAGCAAAUCCACCGGGAGGGGAGGUGGACCUGCCGAUACCAGUUGAUGAGAAGCUAAGCCACUUGAACUUUUAAUUCCAGAACGAUCUAAUAGGCUCCUGAACGUCGCACAAAAAUAGCGCAGCAGACAUAGAGCUUGUCCUUCCAAUGAUCUGAGUAUGGAAAGGAAGGAGUCCGACCAACAAGGAAUCGAAAAUUGACAAGAAAGCUUCAGAAAAUUCUCAUGACAGUCCAACUUCAGGAGAAGAUAAAUUGUUCUAUGAACCUUGCUAAGAGGACAAUGCCGUUGUUUAUUGCACAAGUCCAUGGCAACCGAUUGGGACUUGUGAAGGAAUUUAGAUGUAAAUAUUGUAAGACACACAUUCCUUAUUUACUUCAACAAUGAAAGCUAAAGAAAAAGAAAAAGGAUAACAGCAUGCCUAAUUUA